AUGUUUGCUAAUCGCCGAACUAUAGACCGUGUUCAAAGAUUAAAGGAUGCACGCCAGGAGGCCAAGACGGAAAUUGAAGAGUACGCUGCUUCCAAGGAGAGAGAAUUCAAAGAUUCUGAGAAUAAGGCUUCCGGUAUAUAUUCUCAGACUGAAGAAGAAACGAAGAAGCAAGUUGAGAAAGACUUUAUUUUCAUCAAAGAGAAUGCCAAGGAGAAAUCUGAUAAAGCAAUUGAUGCCAUCUUGGCCGUCGCCUGCGACGUAAAGUGA